UGUCCUCUGUUGUCUCUCCUCUCUAGGAAGAAGGUCACUGCUGUUGUCGGUAUAGCUAACAUGGACCCCAGAAAGGUGGAUCACACCGAGUACCCAGUCAAUAUGAUCAUCCUCCAUGAGAACUUUAACAACAAAUCCAUGAGCAAUAACAUAGCCCUCCUGAGGACAGAAUCUGCCAUACAUUUCGACGACAUGGUCCAGGCCAUCUGCUUCCUGGACAAAAAGCAAGAUAGAGCACCAACCUUGAAGAACUGCUGGGUGGCAGGAUGGAAUCCCACAGCUGCAACAGGAAAUCACAUGACAAUGAGUAUCCUGAGGAGAAUCUACGUGAAAGACAUUGACCUGUGUCCUUUACCCAGAGACCAGAAAACAGAAUGUGCCAGUCACACAAAUAAGGAAUACACCAAUGUUUGCCUGGGGGAACCAGGGAGUCCUAUGAUGUGCCAAGUGAAGAAGUUGGAUCUCUGGGUCCUCAGAGGCAUGGUGACCCAUGGAGGCGACUUGUGCCCUGGCCUGUUUCUGUAUGCCAGUGUGGGAGACUACAGUGACUGGAUCAUGGCUAUGGCGAAUAAGGCUGGCCCUUCCCUGUCUGUGCUGAACCCCUGGGAGAAGUUGAUCCCUGAGCCCCCCUUUCAAGAGUCAAAUACUGCCCUGACGAAGAAUUCGAGUUCUGUACAAGGCCAUGCUGAGUGGCCCCGAUCCUACUCCCAAGGACAGAGAAUGUCCACUCUGUACGACCAGCCCACAGAUGGCGGGCAGAAAUUCAGGGUAAAUGGUCUUCAGGAAUCAAGCUGGCCUUCGAAGGUGGCUGCUCAACCCAUGUACUAUGAUUACUACGGUGGGGAGGUGGGGGAAGGCGGGGCUAUGGCUGGCCAGAACAGGCUGCACUGGCCCCACCAAAGGAUCUUGAUGUCCCUCAUGCUUGUUUUCUUGGUCAGCGGUGUCUAGCUAGCAGCUAACCUACC